AUGUUGUUUUUUACAAAUGUAAAGUUUUUAAGCAAGUUAAUGAAAAUAAAAAUUUCUAAAAGAAGGGCGUGGGUUAAAAGAAAUAAAAAAUGGAUGUUACCUAAAGUGGAAAAAUCCUAUUUAAAACAAGAACAAGAUUUUAAUGUUCCUCAUAAAAUAAUAUCAUUAAAUGAAAAUAAAAAAUUGGAUUCAAAUAAUAACUUCAAUGAAACAAGUAAGAAUUAUAAUGGAGAUUAUAACUUGGUGGAAGAAAUAAAGAUAAAAGAAAGAAAAAAACUAAAACCUCAUGAAUAUAAAAAAUUGCUUAAAAAAGAGAAAAGCGAAAAAAAUGAUGACAAAUUAAGUAUAAAAAAUUUAUUGAAAAAAGGAAAAAAUAGUGUGAAUUUAGAUAUAAAAGAUUUUAAGGAAGAAAAAAAAAAAAAUGAAAUAAACACUUUUUGGUAUUUACCAAAUCCGUUUGAAAAAAAAGGAGUAUAUGGAAUGAAAGAAAGUUCUUUUUAUAAAUCAUUCAUAAGAGAUAGAGAAAGACAGUUAGACAAAAUUGAUAAAAAAAAAUUAAAUGAAAAUGAAAUAAAAUUAUUAAAUGAGAUAAAAAACAAAAAUAAUGUAAAUGAUGAAUUAUUAGAAAAAAAUAUUCCCUUUGAUAUGAAGAAAAAAGAAAAAAAGAUAAGAAUUAAUUCAAAAAAAUAUUGGAUUUUUGAUAAUUACUGUACACCUGAUGUAUCAACUAUAAAUUCCGUGAAGGCAAGAGAAUUACGAUUUUUAAUGAUGAAUGAAGCCAAAUUAGUAAGAAAAGGAAAAGAAAUAGAUAUGGAAUUAUGGUUAGCUUUUAUGAAUAGAGUAAUAACUAUAUCAACAAAAGUUCAUGUAAGAAGUCUUCUAAGAUAUUUACAAACUAUUGCAUCUGUUAAAGUUACUAAUAAAAAAAUGGUUAAUGAUAUAAUGAGUGAAAUAUUUAAAAGAGAAAAUGAUAUGAAACCAAAGCAUUAUGUAUAUCUUUUUCAAGCCAGUUCAAGGUUAAAAUGGAAUGAUUUUAAAUUAAUUUAUGCAUUAAAAAAUAUGACUUUAUGUUGGCCAAUAUUAAGAAAUAAUUUUUUAAUAAAAUCUGCUAAUUCUAUUUCUAAAUUAGGUCUAGCAAAUAACGUUUAUAGUAAAGCUUUACAAAUAACUUUACAUGAACGAUUAAAUAAUUUUACAGGCAAAAAUUUAAAAGCAAUUAAGGCUAUAACUUUUCUUGAACUUUUUAAUGAAGAAAUGAUUAUAAAAUUUAUAUCUCUUGCAACAUUUCAUAAAGAACAUUUUAAUUAUUAUACAAGGCAUUUACAAAUACUAUAUCUAUACAUUGUAUUAUUUAACAAAUCUAUAUAUAACAGACUCAAUGAAGAGCAAAAGAGGUUUUUGCAAAAUUAUUCAAAUGGAAGUAAUUUAAAAAAAAUUAAUAAAAUAAAUCAUAAAAAUUAUUUGAAAAAAUUAAGGAAGAGAGAGAAAUUCAACGAUGAAUAUUCAAGUGAUGAUGAUUAUUCAAGUGAUGAUGAUUAUUCAAGUAAUGAUGAAUAUUCAAGUGAUGAUGAAUAUUCAAGUGAUGAUAAUGAAGAAGAAUCAAGUGAUAAUGAAGAAUAUUCAGUUGAAAAAACAAAAUUAUGUAAUAAACAAAAAUUAAUGAAUAAUAAUAGUAUUAAAGAAAAAGAAAAAAAUAAUGGAAAGGAUAAAGAAUAUGUUAAAAUAGGAGAUAAAAUAUGCGGUGGUUAUACGAGUAUCUUACAUAAGGAGGUUAGUGAUAUAUUAAAAAUGUUAAAAAUAGAACAUCUAAAUUCAAUAAAUUGUGGUCCAUUUAUAGUUGAUAUUUAUCAUCCUUGUUCAAAUUAUAUCAUUGAAUUAAAUGCUCAUUUUCAAUAUUACUUAAAUUCAGAGAAUCUAACUAGUUUAUCAAAAUGGAGACAUAAAUUCUUGUCACAGAUGGGAUAUAAAGUUAUUCAUGUAUCUUAUCGAAUAUGGAAUAAUUUACAUGAUGAAAAACAAAAAAUUGAUUAUUUGUAUAGUGUUUUACCAAAUGCUAUAUUAACUUCCUCACCUGUAUAUAUGCAAUCAAUAAAAAUAUAA